CAGCAUUUUGCCAAAUACGUAAAAAGUUCAAUAUAUUUCGACGUUUUACGUCAUUCAGUAUAAGUAGAGUCCCAAGAACUAAAGUUUGUUUGGGACUAAUCUCUCCUGCAUUUUUUCUCAAGCUGUCAUGUGACACAAAGAUAGAUCUUGAGGAACCUGACCCAAGGACCCUUUCAAGGGAAUUCCUUAUCAAGUCCUCCAGUCUUCUUGCAGCAGAAAAUGCUAUGGGUGUCUUAUCUCAGACAACAUUGGCACUUCAACAGGCAGAAAAAGAAUAUCAAGAGGCUAUUGAAGCUGUGAUCUUCAUGAUGGAACUCAAGCUACAGGUGCUGGGAGAUCCAACAGAGGAGGCUAGGCUUUGGGACCUCAUACUGCAGGGAAGGGACAUGGUCAAACGGAAAAGGAGGAAAAGAGACGACCUGUACCAAGUACAGAGAUGUGCAGAAAGAUUUGUGGAAUCAGCUGCUGAACUAACAUACAUGACAGGUUCAGAAAUCGUAGCAAGCAGUGCAUCAGAAAGGUUGAACAAAGCAAACAUAAUUCUGAGAGAGGUGAAGAUCAAAACGGAGAAAGCUGAAGAAAGAUUAGUAGAAGCAGAGGUGAAAACUAUAGAAGUUGAAGGGAAGUUUGCUGAGGAGAAUAAAGAACGAUUAGAUGAGGAAAUGAGUAGACUUAUAGCUGAAGGUGCUGUUGUUGUGGAGACAGAUGGUGAAAAGGGGAUUGAAGGUAGUGAAGAAGGAUCAGACAUUGAUACUGAUAAAGACACUGCUAAUGUGAAACAAGGUCCUGAUCCAGAGUCAGUCAAAAGAAUGGAAAGGGUAACUGUUGAUAGAUUAAGUGAAACUCUCAAUAGGAGAAGUCAAGGAAAAGAGAAGUUUGAAUAUGUUGAACUAUUUGAUAAAUGGGAUGAAGGAGACAAUACAGAUAAUAUUGCGAGUGAUAUUUGAGUUGUCAUCUGUUGUGUGAUAAAUAUUAAUGAAGAUGUGUCACCAGUGUACUAGACUAAUUUCACACAAUUACAGUUGAACACCGCUUUUCCGAACACCUUUUAUCCAAAAUUAUCGCUAUUUCGAAAUUAUUUUUCGAUCCUGAUUUUACUCCUUCUUUGUUUAACUAAAUUUAGUCUGUAAUCCGAAAUCUUUACACAAUCUUAGUUUAAUUAUCCUUUAAAAAAAAUAUCAUGUUUGAAUAAUAACUUUAUACAUGUAUAAGCUGAUGUGAAUGUAUUUAAAACAAUCAUACAUUAUGUUUAGUCUUACACUCUUAAUGGCUCGGAUGUUGCAUUCUUUAAAUGAUACUUGGAAAGCCAAUAAACUUAGCUACAUGACUGUAUCAUGGAGCAAAGAUAUUCAA